AUGGCGUACAAGAUGAAAGGCGUAUUCAAGGGCCUCAAGGUCAUCUCUCAGAUCUUUGUGGUAAAGGAGCAUCAGAUGGAGAUCGGUUAUCCGACUGAUGUGAAGCAUGUUGCGCACAUCGGUUGGGAUAGCCCAACAGGCAGUGCAGCUUCUCCUAGCUGGAUUUUGACGAGCCUCGAGAUAUAUCACCCUUUGGUAUAUUUCCCGAAAGUAGCGGUCAAGAAACAACCCAGUACCCAGACAUACCAAAGCCACCCAGGAAGUCGAGAAGGAAGAAAUCCAAGAAUGACUCGCCAAGGGCAUCCGCGAGAUCCUCAAGGUCGUCAAGAUCAAGGUCCAAAAGCUCAUUUUCAUCUACCGCUGACAGUAUCAGUGUCAAGGAUAUGCAACCGUAAAUCUAGAUUGUAUAGGCCAUUCUUACUUACGUUGCCCCGUCGGUAG